AUGUUCCAUGCCAUGGGUGUCGACGGCGGCGGGUCGCUCGUUGCCGGCGUGGCUACGCUUCUAUCCGUCUACCCGUUUGUGUUCUCGCGAUAUGGGGGCGAAGAGCAUCCAAAAAGUUACGACGAUGCUGAUCUGCAACAGCAUCAGAGCAAUCACUGA